AUGAAGGCGGAAUCGGCCAUCUCGGACCUGCUGAUGAAGUGCGAGGAGCAGGGAGUGCAGCUGCCGGACAACCCGUGGCAGGCACUUCGGGAGGCAAUCGCUGCGCUGCGAAACACCAAGCACCAAGGACUGGGGUAUCUGCAGAUCCCGAAAGCCUUCGAGCAGCUCAAAGCCAAGUUCAACGCAGAGGAUAACGCAGCAGAGGCCAAGCCAGCCGCUGCUGCUGCCUCGCCUCGCUUGACGCGUCGGCAGAAGCGGACGCUCAUGCAAGACAUGCCGAGCAAGCGCGCCCGGCGCAACUUGAUACCAGAGAGUGACAGCGACAGCGACGAAGCCCCGGGCAACCAGUCGGGGCUGGUCACCGCUAUGAGCCCCGUGGCGAGCAGCAAGAAGACCAAGUACCAGAAGAAGAGCCGCCUGCAAGAGCAAGUGGAGGCGCUGCCGGCUUCGCGAGACGAGAACCAGCCUUUGGUGGACCAGCUGGUGCAGUUGGGCCAGUACGAAAUGCACCACGGACACUCGCAGCGCGGACUCUCGCGCUUCCGAGCGGCGAAGGAGAUCCGCGACAGCAAGAUGGUGAUCACUUCGGGAGCUCAAGCCAAGAAGCUCGAGCGUGUGGGCACGGCGGUGGCUACGAAAGUCGACCAGCUACUGAACGAAGGGCUGGCUGCUGCUCUGAGCGAGUACGAGGGUGACGAAGAGGCCCUCCCAGUGGCGAAGUGA